AUACGUUUCUCCACAGCGAGGUACCCGGGUACCACAACGCAUCUACAAGGAUACGUGUAGGUAUAUUAGGUACAUCGGUGCCGUAGAAUGAUGCGCAAAGGAUACAUUUUAUGGUAUGCAUUCGAAUUUGCAAUUUGGUUCAGUUCGGUGUAAGAAAUAGCGGUGAUUAGUUGUUGUUGUGCAAAGGAUUGCGAUAAUGUCGGACAAAGUAAGAGAUAUUUCAUCUGCAGACUUUAGACGCUUGACUUAUGAGCAACAAAUGGCUUAUAUGAAAAGGUUGCAUGAGGAAUGUGAUAGUGAUGAAAAUAAUGACAAUCCUGAAAUAAUCGCAGAUGAUCCCGAGUUGUCUGAUGACGAACCAGCCUUGAGAUCCGAUCUUCUACAAGUAGACGAUUCAGAUAUAGAGGAUGUUUACGCUGACCCCGAUAUUGAAGUCGAAAUUGAUGAUGAUGACGAAUCUAGCGAUGAAAAUAGUGAUGGAGAAUCUGAUUCCGAUGAUCGUGUAUUACGCGCUAAAGAUGGCACUUUGUGGAAACUUACAUCUCCUUCCGCUCAUCAAACUCCUACACAAAAUAUUCUUCGUCAGAGAAGUGGAACAUCAAGAACCACAAAAAAUCUUUCUGUGAGCGAUACAUUCAGAUGCAUUUUCAACCAAGUGAUGUGCAAUAUUGUUAUCAAAGAGACAAAUCGAAAGGCUAAUGAGGUAUACUCUAAAUGGAAUAUUUCAAAUCCGGAGAAGCCACAGAAAAUCUGGAAGCCGCUUACAGAAGAAGAGUUUGAUGGUUAUUUAGGUAUCUUGAUUACAGCGGGUGUUCGUCACUCUAGCUCUGAAGAUGUCAAAGAGCUUUGGAGAAUGGAUGCCUACCCAUUAUAUCGUGCUACAAUGGCAAUCAACAGAUUUUGGGCCAUAACAAGAUUUCUAAGAUUUGACAAUGCCAAUACAAGGCCGCAACGGCUGGAGAGCGACAAGGCAGCUGCUAUCACAGAACUGUGGCUUUUAUUGAAUAACAACUUGAGAGCACACUACGUACCAUCGGAAUGCCUUACGGUCGAUGAACAGUUAUUCCCUUAUCGAGGAAGAACAAGAUUUACACAGUACAUGCCCGCAAAACCGGCAAAGUACGGUAUAAAGAUUUGGUGGGUGUGUGACUCGUUGAACUCCUAUCCGCUCACUGGACAAAUAUAUACAGGAAAAUCACCUAAAGGUCGUGAACAAAACCAGGGAGAGCGGGUAGUAAAAGACCUAUGUUACAGGUAUAAAAACACUGGUAGAAAUAUUGUAGUGGACAACUUUUUCACCACACUUCCGCUGGCACGGCUCUUGUUGUCAUGGGGACUCUCUAUAGUUGGAACGCUGAAAAAAAAACAAGCCAUACAUUCCAUCUCAGAUGUUAGCACAUAAAUCAAGACCUACGGCUUCAUCCCUUUUUGGAUUCAGCGAUGACAAGAUUACGAUGGUAUCUUAUGUGCCGAAACCGAAAAAAGCUGUUAUAUUAUUGUCCACCAUGCACCAUACCACAGAUGUGAGUGGUCCGAAGAGGAAGCCAGAAAUUAUAGAGUACUAUAACUCUGGAAAAGGUGGCGUUGAUUGCAUGGACAAGAUGGUUUCGCACUACUCCAUCAAACGAAAAACUCGUCGUUGGCCUGUAGCUAUGUUCUAUAAUAUGCUGGAUAUCGCUUGCUUGGCAUCAUUUAUUAUCUAUAUGCAGAACAAUCCGAUGGAGUCAAGAAAAAACGAACGCCGGCGAAUUUUUUUGCAGACUUUAGGGAAACAUUUAGCAAUGCCCACAAUCGAGAGCCGUACGAAGAAUCCAAGGAUGUGUCAGAAUUUUAGCACCAAGUCCGGAAUUGAAUGCAUGCUGGGUAGAGCACUUGUCAAUCCUGCCAUCUCUGAAGAGGAAGAAAAGCCAAGGGAUGCAUCUGGUCGUUUGGUUGUUACAGGAAGAUGCCAUAUUUGCAGGUCUUCUGAGAAAAAGCAAAGAAAGACCCGAAAAUUAUGUUUCGCUUGUAAGCGUCCAAUGUGUGCCGUACAUACAAAAACCAUUACGAAAUGCCACUCUUGUGCUCUG